AUGAAUAAUUCUCAACAUGCAGAAGCAGGGCCUAGCAGGAGCAGCGGUGAUGGAUACGUGGCCAAGGGACAUGGUGGGGGUCAAAAUGAGGACUUUGAUUCAUCAGAUGAGGAUGAUGCAUCAGACGGGACUUGUGUAGAAAGCGAAGAAGAAGUUGACUACCAAACUGAUGUGUCAGACGAAACCGACUUAGAAGAAGAAGAACAAGAAGCAGGAGUAGAAGCAGAAGCAGUGCAGAACUUAGUCACAUCUGGUUUUGGUCAGCAUGUUUAUUCAGACAUUGGUGAUUAUAGAAAUAGCAUACUGGAUCGAGAUGAAUUUGAAGUUAAGAUGUGGAAAGGUGAUAGAGAAAACCUUGAUUUGAAUACUUGUUUCAACAACAGGGAUGAAGUUGAGGCCGCUAUCGAAGACUGGAACAUACAUCACAACAGGCUUUAUGUUCUUGCUUCUGGACGUAAGUCAUGGGCUGCAGAGUGUGUGACAAGAAGAAUGCAAACUCCAAUUAGGCAAUAUACUUGUGCGUGGAGGAUGCGUGCAUCUUUGAAGCGGAAUGGUCUGUGGCAAAUUGUGUCCUGGGUUGAUCGUCACAAUUGCGUUGGAAUAACCAGACAAAAUGAGCAUCACAAUUUGAGGUCGAAGUUAAUAGCCAGACUUAUUAGGCGUAGUGUUGAAAAUGAUCCUGGUUUUAAGGUGAAAUCAAUCAGGGAUGCUGUGAAGGAAGCUUAUAAGGUGGAUGUGAAGUACAAGAAGGCAUGGCAUGCAAGAAGAAAAGCUAUCGAAGCGUGUUAUGGUAGCUGGAUCGAUAAUUUCACGGAAUUGCCCUGGUAUUGUCUUCGACAUGUUCGGAGCAAUAUGGUGGCGAAACACAAAAAACAAAUUGCGCGAACCAAUCUGGUGCAUUGGAAAAUGGGCAAGAAGCGGCAAAAUCACAAGUUUCUAAAAUUUCAGCAACAACUGAGAGAGUGCAAUGAGGCAGGUCUUGCUUAUAUGAUGGCUAUUCCGAGGGGGAGAGCUAUGAUGGAAUCGACUUUGGCGAAGACAAUUAAGUUCUUCCGUGAUCAGUAUGCAGAUGCCUUGAAGUGCAAUACUCCUAUCGAAGAUAAGGAUUGGAAGAAAUUCUGUUGGUGUCAUAUAGGGAAAGAUGGAAAUAAACACAAAGUAGAAUACAAGGAUUGGCGUUGUUCAUGCAAGAAGUGGCACACUUACAGGCUUCCUUGUUCGCACGCAUUGGCUGUAUGUCGGUGGAUUGGUGAUCACCUAGAAAACAUAAUACAUGAAUAUUAUAAGACGAGCACAUGGCGUGAGCAGUUUCGUCAUUCUAGGUCAUCAACAACAGCGGCGAUUCUUGAUGUCAAUGGAUUAUAUAGGCAGGGGUGGACGCAGAAGAUGUAG